GUGCGCUUGUAAAUCUGUUGGACUCGCUUCCUGUCCUGGGUGGUGGCUUUAAACUUUCUUACUCGACUUCAUUCCUGUGUGCGGGAAUGAGUGAAAGAAGAAAACAAGUUGUAUAAAAGCGUCACACUGUGCAGCUGAACAAGUGUUGUAUUAAACGGAGUCGUUUAUUCGACUGAUCUUGAUACACUUCGCACGGAGGGAGAGUAAACAUCGAGUUAAAGUCAUGCAGGCCAUCAAGUGUGUGGUCGUCGGGGACGGAGCUGUGGGUAAAACAUGUCUGCUGAUCAGCUACACAACCAAUGCCUUCCCUGGAGAAUACAUCCCCACAGUAUUUGAUAAUUACUCUGCAAACGUGAUGGUGGAUGGGAAACCAGUGAAUCUGGGUCUGUGGGAUACAGCAGGACAGGAGGAUUAUGACAGACUUCGGCCCCUGUCGUACCCUCAAACGGACGUGUUUCUCAUCUGCUUCUCCCUUGUGAGUCCGGCCUCUUUUGAGAACGUUCGUGCCAAGUGGUAUCCAGAAGUGAGGCACCACUGUCCAAACACUCCGAUCAUCCUGGUAGGAACCAAGCUUGAUCUGAGAGAAGAUAAGGACACGAUUGAGAAACUGAAGGAGAAGAAGCUCACUCCCAUUACCUUCCCUCAGGGCCUGGCCAUGACCAAAGAGAUUGGGUCUGUGAAGUAUCUGGAGUGCUCAGCGCUCACACAGCGUGGUCUGAAGACGGUGUUUGACGAGGCCAUCCGAGCCGUGCUCUGCCCUCCUCCUGUCAAGAAGAACAGGAGGAAGUGCCUGCUGCUCUAGAGCUGAGGAAAGAUCGCUGUGAUCCAAAGUGUAUUUCUAAAGGAAAUGAGAAUGUCUUCCAUUGUAAUUACCUGUACAACUUUAUACAAAACUUUAAUCAAGAGACUUCGUAAAACUCUAUCCCCUAUCCCUUAGGCAGACACGUACCAUUGGAUGACCUGCGGCCUUUGACUAAUGGGAUAUUAACUUUUAGAUGGUUAGCAAUGUCCUGAAGUUGGUUCCUUCCAUUGAGGACCCGUAAGGUUUGUUUACAGUCUUUGUUUGAAAGAAAUGAAGAUCCUGCCAAAUAGCAUUACAUUAAAAUGGGGGCGGUACUGUGUCCACCACAUUUGUUUUUUUUUACCCCCUAAAGGGCUUCAACCAUUUGGCAAACCAGAGCUAGCUGUUGGCUGCUGUGAAGCAAAUGCCAUGUCUAGUGGUUUAACCCAUUUAGUUUAAAGCGAUAAAGUUAAGUCCGAUUACCUCGCACCUGUUUCUGAAACAUGAGGUUUUCAUAAUGAAAGGAUGAGGUGUCCGAACAGAUUUAUAUUCUUGCGUGCACACUAUUUGCCAUUUGUUUCGGGGGGUUAUUCUGUAAUUUAAGGCCACACUAAUUAUACACAAAAACAUGUCCUAGCCACAUUUCACUUCUAAAUUAUACUUAAAAUAAAUAAAUGAAGCCUGUUUUUAGGACCUUUAGCACAAUUAGUUUUCCCUUAUUGCAAUAUAUAUAAAUAUAUAUUUACAUUUUAAGUAUUUUUUUUAUGAAUUUUACUGUAAUAUUUGACUAUAAUGAGAACUUUGAUUGAGAAAAUGGGCUUAAUUGUAAUUGAAUGUCAUAAUAUUCUGUAUCAUAAUGAAUGAUCCUAAAAAUAGGCUUUAUUUUUGUGUAAUCAAAGUAUAAUUUCCAUCUUUGUUUUGAGGUGAAACAUGGCCAGGAAAUGUUUUGUUGGUUUCAGAAUGGGCUGAACUAGUUUUAUCCACAAAUAUCAGCAUUCAAUAAUGGCUUCUUAUAAUAUCCAAUGGGACAAUUAGUGUCAAUCUUAAUUUAGCGGUAUAUGAACACCUCGAUGCUUUUUGGCAUUUAUAGUAAAAAGAGCCAUAUCUAUAUUUUUGGUUAAAACACUUUUAGAAACGUUCUUCUUUUUGACACUUUUUAUAUUUGCUAAUGUUACAAAAAGAAAGACUUUUGUCAAAGCGUACACUACAGGAAUUGGUUCAUGUGAAGUUAGUUUUCUCUUGAUGCGGUCUAUUCCAAUUACAUUGACUUCUUUCUGUACUAAUAACAUGUAACUGUCAGAUGUGUUUAUAUUCUGGAAACGAUUGCUUGUCUUGUUGAUUGAACAGCACAUCAUGUAUAAGGUAUUCUGACUUUUAACACUUUUACAUACACACUUGAACUGUCCUGAGGCACAGAUACAGAAUGUGCAUCAUUUUUGAUCACCCUAUCGAGCAAUUUCUAUCUGCAUAGUUAUAGCCGGAUGUUAACCCUGUUUUUAGGGGUAUUGAUUAUGUCACUUGUUUUACAGAACCAUAAAUUCAGAUAAAACCCUA